AUGUUCAAUGAGACUGUCAGUGCUGAAGACAUCUGUAUGUGGCUGGGUAGAUACUGCACUGUGAGAGGCCAGGCUAUGAAGGUGCGGGAUGUGGACGGCAUCUGGAACUGCGCUUGGCGGGUCCCCAUUAAACAAUGGGAAGACCCCCAAGGCUUCCAGGGCCUGAAGCAUCUCCCCUCAAAGACAGUCCUGGGGGAGAACAGAGGCUACAUUCACUAUCAAGGCAAACUGUGUCGGAAGUCCUCUGAUUGGAGGAGAGGAGGAGAGGGCGGGAAGCGGGGAGGGGAAGGAAGCCCCCCCCCCCAGACCGAAACAUCCAGUGAGGGGGGGGAGAUGCUAACCGAAGGCGGAGCUAGCUCGGACUCUGAGGAAGAACAGACGGACAGCAGCGAUGAUGCCCCCCUCCCCGACGCCCAGCUGGCUAAGAGGCCGGCAUCUGAGUCACCUCCCGACCUUACCCCCAAGAUUUUGCUCACCAAUCAACCCCGAAGGACCCAAACAAGGUGCGACGACCGGGAGAGGUCUGUGGAAACUCAACCGCUCCUGCUGGAGGACCAGGUUCUGGUCGGCCAGUACCGGGAGCGGUACCACGAGUGGCAGACCCUCCAAGACCUGUACGAAACACGAGCACAGUGGUGGGAGAUGGUGAAAGCGCUGUCUGAUGAACUCAGACUGGUAGCAGGAAGGAGUCGCUGUGUUGGCAGACUGGAGAAGAAGAAUCUGGGAGACUGGAAACCAGUGAAAGAUUGGUACUGGUACUGGGACUUUACAUCAGCAGCUGCAGCUUGCAGACAGCUCCACUGUGGAUCUGUGGUGUCGUUACAAAGAGAUAAGGACGACAAUGUAGAGAUCGUCUGUUCAGACUCAGUCAGGCUGGUUCAAGGGACCAACCGGUGCUCAGGCAGACUGGAGGUGAAGACUAACCAGUCGUGGUCCUCAGUGUGUGAAGACUUUGACCUGCAGGAUGCAGAGGUGGUCUGCAGGGAGAUUGGCUGUGGGCCUCCUUCAGUCCACCAGGGGGCGCUCUAUGGAGAAGCAGAGGCUCCAGUGGGGAGCAGAGAGUUCCUGUGUGAAGGCAGUGAGUCUGCUCUGCUGAACUGCAGCAGCAGGAAGAGUUCAGGUAGAAACAGCUGCUCACCUGGUCAAGCUGUUGGACUCACCUGUUCAGACAACAUCAGGUUGGUGGGAGAGGCCAGCCGAUGUGCCGGGAGACUGGAGAUGUUACAUCAAGAAGAGUGGAGACCAGUGGCUGUUUGGUCUCAUUACUGGGACAUGAACUCAGUUGCUGCAGUUUGUGCUAAACUGGACUGUGGUUCUGCUGUUUCAGUAAGAAAUUCAGAGGAAGCUUCAUGGAGACCAGUUUGGAGGAUCAGGUCUGGCUGUUUGCAGUCAGGAUCUGCAUUAAAGAACUGUUUACCUUAUGAUGGAAACAGUGAUCAGAGCCAUGAGUUCAUCUGCUCAGGUCUGCUGGUUGAGCCGCUCAUCUUCCUCUCUUCCUCCACUGACGGGGUCUCCACAGGCAGAAAGCAGGGGUCUGAGCUCCUCAUUGGCUCACAUUUCAGCAUCAUGUGCUCCAUCAGACCUCAGUAUGAAGGCGGCUCCUUCCAGCUCAUCUUCAGCACCUCUAACUACACUCAGAACCAGACCCUGCCAGCUGUUAAUCACUCCGCCCUCUUCCUGUUCUCUGCUGCUGGCCACGCCCACCAAGGAACCUACCGCUGCGUUUACCACGUCUACGUUUUCUCCUAUAACUUCUCCUCUAUCAGCCAGCCUCUCAACCUCACUGUCUCAGGCAAUGUCAUGGAGUCCAUGAGGAAAAGUUCUGCUUCAGUUUCAGCCUCUCCCACUGCUUUGAUCAUCAGACUGGUUGUCGUCCUGCUGGGUUUGCUGGGAUCAGUCCUGCUCCUCUACUUUAAGGCCAGGAGAAACCAGAAGUCUGGACCAGAAAACAACCAUCAUGAUGAAGGAUCCAGAGCUGAAGGCAGCUUAGAGGAGGAGACUGCAGUCUGAAGGAACCAGGAGAAAAUGAUCUUCAUUUCACAUCCGCAGGAAGGAGCAGAGACAUGUUUCAGACUCCUGGAAAUCUAUCCGUCUAUGUAUCUAUGAUAAAAUGUCUCUGUGCUCCUGCAGCAGGAAGGAAGUUCAACAUUCAGAAAUUUGUAUCUGGACUAAACCUACUUAAGUUAAACUUAUAUAAGAAGGGAACACAAAACAAAACAUUCAACAAACAAAAUAUAACAGAAAACCCACUUCAUCAAAAUCUGAUCUUCAUCAACCUUGCAAGGAUAGCAUAUGAUAGGAUAUUUGGGGUCAAAGGUCAGGUAGCCAAUUCCAUCAGGCCCUGAACCCAGCUUGUGUCCUUGUCUUGGUUGGGGUUCUGAAUUGUUGUGUGACUAAUGUAAUACAGUUGAUCCUAGCUUGUAA